GUCUCUCCUUAGUCUCCUAAGAAAAUGGCUUUCUCUAAGGCUUUUUUACUCCAGGGCCUUCUCUUUGCUGUUCUUCUCAUCCUCUCUAAGGUUUCAGGAAGAGAGCUAGCUGAGGCUGCUCAAACCCUGACAGAAGGAAGUGUAGAAGAAGCUAAGAACUGGGGACAUGGAUAUGGACACAGGCGCUGGGGAAUUGGACAUGGACAAGGCCACUGGGGAGUUGGACAUCGACACGGCCACCGGGGACAUGGACAAGGGCAUGGCCAUUGGGGACACGGACACGAAGGCAUACCCGGACACAAUGGUGCUGGUGGGAAAGUGGAUUUUAGCAUAUUAGCCUAUUUUCUUUUUGUUAUUUUUCAUUUUUGUUAAUAC